AUGUCAGACUCAUCGAAAGCAAACAAAGACGCGCUGGAUGAACCAUCGCAAAAGCCCAUCAACGGCUCAGGUGGUGGUAUCAUGACGAUGGAAGUCUAUCCUUCCGGUACUACGCCCUUCUCUGGACGUCCAGGUGAAAGUGGGAAUCCUAUGCCUGUACAAACGAUCGACACGCCUUAUGGCCAAUUCUCGCAAGUAACGAUGAAAUUCCCAGGAUUAGGUAGGGAGAUGGAGCAGCAGAAUCAGUCAAGUAGUGGCACGUCCACAAUUCAAGGAGGCGUGACUCUGAAACGGAACGAAUUGCCACCAGAGAUGGCGCAUUUGGGUAACAGCUUCCAGUCCUUCACAAUGAGCUUCCCGCAAAUUGAGGAACAUGUUCCUGUAUCGCACAAAGCAUCUGAUGUAGACUCUCCAGCUGCACAAGAGCCGGCUGCUACUAUAGCGAAAGCCAAACCUCCACGCGCCAGAGGGAAGAAGACUAAAGUGAUCGAAAGAGAGGAAGACGAAGGCCUUGUUCCUCCAGAGCCGCCCGUCCUCUUAGAAGCCUCAAACAAGAUGCUGCUGGAGGUUUUGCCAUCUGUCCUUGAGAGAUUGGGCUCAAGCUUCGAUGACAUUGGUAGAUACGAGAAAAGGGCCAUCACCUUUAUGCGAAGCAUGACCUUGCUUUUCAGAUUCAAGCAGGCGUUUGUGCACAGUGACAUUGACAAACAACUUGCAAGGCUAAGGAAGGAAGAGGAAGACUAUGUCAAGACCUUUGGUGGCCGUCUUCAACUCCUUGAGAUGGCUGUGCAGUGCGGUUAUCUAUCCCGAACGCAUACCAAGCGUGGUGACGAAGUUUACGUUGGCACAAAACGAGGUGUUUACUUGAUUGAGCCGCGUCAAAGGCGUGAACCGUUAGAUUGUGGUCCAUCCGGUCUACUCGAGUCGCAGAUUCGUCAAAACUUUGAAGCGCUGCGUCCUACAGCCGAGUCAGAUAGAGAUCGUGAGGAAAUCGUCCUUGACUUACAGCGAUUCCUCAACCGACACUUCCGAGCUGCAGGUCUUCAAGUCGAGCUUUUUGGCUCUUCAGGCAAUCUAUUGUACACACCCAGGAGCGACCUCGAUCUGUGCUGCUUCUACACAAAGCUUCCACCACCCACCUACGUCUCUGUUCGACAAUUCGCCAAUAGUUUCAGGAGAACGGGUUGGGCCAAGAUGGUUGAGUGCAUUGACCACGCAAAAGUACCUGUUGUCAAGUUUGUGCACCCCCCAACAAACCUACAUGUGGACGUUUCUAUUGAGAACGCAAUUGCUAUUGAGAACACGAUUCUCAUUCGCAAAUACGCCGAACUUGAUAUACGAUUCCAAGCGUUAGCAUUUGCCCUCAAGACUUGGUGCAAGCGGCGAUGCAUCAGUAAUCCAAGUGAAGGCACAUUAUCGAGCUAUUCCUGGACACUCAUGCUCAUCCACUUCUUGCAGCAUACUUCACCACCGGUUCUGCCCAAUUUGCAGGCAACUGACGAUCCAACUACACAGCUGAGCGAGUAUAUACAUUCGCACAUGGGCAAGAAGGUUAUUUGUGCCUACGAUGCAGAUCCAAUCUUUAGAUCCCAAAACACAGAGAGUGUUGGUAAGCUACUGCUUGGUUUCUUUCAUUACUAUGCGCAUCUUUUCAACUUUAAGCAACAAGUCAUCACCAUCAGUCAUCCGCUGAGGCAGAGACCCCUGUCGAAAGCAACAAAGGCCAAACAACCAGAGUGUGGUGCACCGGCAGAUUGGCUCAACAAGCGCAUCUGUAUCGAAGAUCCCUUCAUCAGAACACGCAAUACAGGCGUCGGAUGUGCUCCAUUACUGGCAGACUGGACAGAAGCUGAACUUUUGAGAGCAUUCCAGAUCUUGGACGAAGGUGGCAGUUUUGCUGAUAUUGUCGAGUUUUGCCUACCGUAA